AUGCUUCAAUGGAUUCGUACGGAGGCCUCAAAACUGGGAUUUAGUGUGGUAAUCAGAAGGUCUGAUAAUAGUUUGGAUAGAAGAUGUGCCUUUGUGACAAUGAUGUGCGAGAGAAGUGGGAAAUAUAGAUCUCCUAUCGGGAAUUUUAAACGAGAUGACAUUGGUUCAAGAAAAUGUGAGUGUCCCUUUAAGUUGCGUGGUUAUAUGUUGGCAAACAAGAAAUGGAGAUUUAAUGUCAUAUGUGGUUUACAUAACCAUGACUUGUGUGAAAAGUUAUCCGACCAUCAAAUUGUGUGUCGCCUCAUGCAGGAAGAGAAGGAACGCGUUGCAGACAUGACAUUUAAUUUGAUUCAACCGAAAAAUAUACUUGCAACUUUGAAACGUAAAAGACUAGAAAAUAUCUCAAAUAUCAAGCAAGUGUACAAUAUUCAAUACCAAAGUAAUAAGGCGUUGAUGGGGGAUAGACCUGAAAUGCAACAACUCUUGAAAUUGUUGGAUGAUAAUAUUUAUGUGUCUAGGUACGGAACGUGCGAGGAUGGAGUAACCGUCAGAGAUAUACUUUUGACUCAUCAUGAUUCUAUCAAGUUUUUUAACAUGUUUCCUACUAUGCACAUAAUUUGA